AUGGCAUAUCUUGAUGACUUCUCGUUCAAUACGUAUCUACCACGUUGCAAGUUCGAAGCUCGGGACAACAUGAGCUUGGAGAUCCUGAACUAUGAGGCAAAUGAUCCUUGUUGCUGUCAGUUGGGCAGGCGGGAAGCUGACAUUGCUAAGAGCGGCGCUGCAAGCACAGUCAUCAAAGACGAGGCUCUUCCUCAUGAGGAAUUUCACGACUGGCUCCAUCAACAAGGCAGGCAUACUCUACCUGUCGAUACUGAAGGGAAGACACCAAGCGGAGGACUACGUCUAUUGUACCAACGCUGGGAGAAAGAGGAUCAAACUUCAUUACGUGUUCCGUUUGCCAAAGAUGCCUUCCUUGCUAUGAUCGAGGCCCUCAAGCUUCCAAAGAUAUUCCUAGAGUCUUACCAGUCGGCAGGGGGCAUGUGCCACGUCAACGCAAGAAUAACUGAAAUCGUAAUCCAGACUAUAAAUGGGCGAAUUAGUUUCUGGACCCUUGCACUAUCGUAUGAUCCCAAGACUGGCAUAACGAGUGGAUUCCUUGGUAUGACUGAUUACCAUGGGCUCGGAGAAGGAGCACUCUCAACGGUUCUCAGCUGUGCCAAGCGAGCAGCCCGCCUUGCCUCCCAUCCACUCUUCUUGCCGACAAUGAUGCUUGUCAAUCAAAUCCUACUUACAUCCGUGCAGAGUAGAUUGCUGCUCGGAAUGAUUUUGGAGGUUGAAAAGGCAACGGGUGCACUUGGAGGCGACUUCGACGAUGACGGGAUCCUUGCCGGAAAUGGCCUCGAAGAAGCACAUCGAAAAAUUGUUGAGGUUGACGCACACCUUUCAGGCGGAUUCUUAGAUUUUGAGCUGAGGCUUCUGGCAUGUCUCCGACAGUCUUUUGAGCCAGGCGAAUACCACUUGUUCUUCGGCCCGGAAUUCCGGCGAGAUCAUGGAGAACUGCAGGCAAUGGUCGACUUCCAUACUGAAAUGUCCCACGGGCAUGAGGACGCGCGCAAGAGUUACUCUCGAAGGCUUGAUUUGCAACUAAAGAUUCUAUAUAAUCUCAUUGCACAGCGCGACAGCCGAAUCCAACAUUCUGUAGCAUAUGACUCUCGCCGUAUCGCCGCAGCAAGCAAACGCGAUAGUUCCUCGAUGCAGACCAUUGCCCUGUUGACUAUUGUAUUCCUGCCCGCAACAGCGGUUGCCGCAAUAUUCAGCAUGUCGCCCUUCUUUAUUGCUGAGUCCGGAGGGCGCAUGGCCGUGUCCGCCGAAUUCUGGAUCUAUUGGGCGGUCUGUAUCCCGCUGACUCUCCUUGUGGUUCUGAUUUGGUACCUAUGGUUCCGGAGAACAAGAGAAAGGUACCGCGUCGAGGACAAGGAGAUGGGAGACAGUCAGGAAGGUUUAAUCCCAGGCUCGAGAAAAGAGAAAUGA